AUGUCGGGCUUCCUGGAGGAGCUGCUCGGCGAGAAGCUGGUGACGGGCGGCGGCGAGGAGGUGGACGUGCACUCGCUGGGCGCCCGCGGCAUCUCGCUGCUCGGGCUCUACUUCGGCUGCAGCCUGAGCGCCCCCUGCGCGCAGCUCAGCGCCAGCCUGGCCGCCUUCUACGGCCGCCUGAGGGGGGACGCGGCGGCCGGGCCGGGGGCCGGGGCCGGGGCCGGGCCAGGGCCAGGGGCCGGUGCGGCCGCAGAGCCCGAGCCGCGGCGGCGCCUGGAGAUCGUCUUCGUGUCCUCUGACCAGGACCAGCGCCAGUGGCAGGACUUCGUGCGGGACAUGCCGUGGCUGGCGCUGCCCUACAAGGAGAAGCACAGGAAGCUUAAACUUUGGAACAAAUACCGAAUUUCCAACAUUCCGUCACUAAUAUUCCUAGACGCCACCACCGGGAAGGUCGUGUGCAGGAAUGGGCUGCUGGUGAUCCGAGAUGACCCAGAAGGUCUGGAAUUCCCUUGGGGACCUAAACCCUUCAGGGAAGUCAUUGCAGGGCCAUUGCUUAGAAAUAACGGGCAGUCCCUGGAGAGCAGCAGCCUGGAGGGGUCUCACGUGGGAGUCUAUUUCUCUGCACAUUGGUGUCCACCCUGCCGAAGCCUCACCCGGGUCCUGGUGGAAUCCUACCGGAAGAUCAAGGAGGCAGGCCAGAACUUUGAGAUCAUCUUUGUUAGUGCAGACAGGUCAGAGGAGUCAUUCAAACAGUACUUCAGUGAGAUGCCCUGGCUCGCUGUCCCCUAUACUGACGAGGCCCGGCGGUCACGCCUCAACCGGCUGUAUGGAAUCCAAGGCAUCCCCACGCUCAUCGUGCUGGACCCGCAGGGCGAGGUGAUCACGCGGCAGGGCAGGGUGGAGGUGCUCAACGAUGAGGACUGCAGGGAGUUCCCGUGGCACCCCAAGCCCGUGCUGGAGCUCUCUGACUCCAAUGCUGUGCAGCUCAACGAGGGCCCCUGCCUCGUCCUUUUUGUAGAUUCUGAGGAUGACGGCGAGUCUGAGGCAGCCAAGCAGUUGAUUCAGCCAAUAGCUGAGAAAAUCAUUGCCAAGUACAAAGCCAAAGAGGAGGAGGCGCCACUUCUAUUCUUUGUAGCUGGGGAGGAUGACAUGACUGACUCCCUGCGAGAUUACACCAACCUGCCCGAGGCUGCCCCUUUGCUCACCAUCCUGGACAUGUCUGCCCGGGCCAAGUAUGUGAUGGACGUGGAGGAGAUCACCCCUGCCAUCGUGGAGGCCUUUGUGAAUGACUUCCUAGCAGAAAAGCUCAAACCAGAGCCCAUCUAGUGGGGCUGCGGCCUCCUGGGACAUUAUUUAAAACUCAGUCUUCUUCUCCCCCUGUUCCUUCCCUCCACCCUUGGACUUUUCCAGCGUGUCCUGAAUCACUCAACCCAGUGUCCAACCUCUCUGUGGUGCCUUGUUUCUGCAUUAACUCCUCAGCCCGCA